GCACUACACCCUGGAGCCCAUCUUGUAAAUGUUCACUCAACAGGUGAACAACUAUAUUUAAGUAAUUUACUGCAUAUGAAAAAUGAAAUAAUCUUACUAUGGAGUGGCCUUUCUGAUCAGAUGGCUGAAGGAGAAUUAGUAUGGACAGAUGGAUCUUCUUAUGAUUUAGGGACCGCUGAAGUUCCACUGUUGUCAAAUUUACCUGAGAAUGAAACAGACUGUUAUGCUUUGCAGCAAAACGCAACUGGUCCAAACUAUUUUUACACAGCAUUUUUUUGUCAGAUGGAUUUACCAUACCUUUGUGAAUAUGAGUGUGAGUAG